GUCCCAAUCCUUGAAACCGUACUUGACCGCAGUCAGAACCUCCUUGACUGCGGCAAUUUGCUUGCAGGACUUCUCGUCGCAGAUGGUCGAGCGUCACAACAGGCCCGAAAUCGAGGUGGACAACUCGCACAACCCAGAGCUUCUUUUGAACCCAGUCACAAUCGCCAGAAACGAGCAUGAGAAGAUCUUGAUCGAGCCUUCCGUCAACUCUGUGCGAGUGUCGAUCUGCAUAAAACAGGCCGACGAGAUCGAGCACAUUUUGGUGCGUCAGUUCACACGAUUCCUCACCCAGAGAGCAGAGAGUUUUUUCAUUUUGAGGAGAGUCCCAGUCAAGGGUUAUGACAUCUCGUUCUUGAUCACCAACUUCCAUACUGAGCAGAUGUUGAAGGACAAACUCGUGGACUUCAUAAUCGAGUUCAUGGAAGAGGUGGACAAGGAGAUCAGUGAGAUGAAGUUGUUUUUGAAUGCCAGAGCCAGAGUCAUUGCCGAGGCAUACUUGACGCCUUUUGACUAGACCAAUUCGACAGGACUCGAGUUUGUAGGAUCAUAUCAAAAUACGCAACAACAAGAUUUUCAACAAAAACAA